AUGGUGUGUCAGGAUUUGGUGAGAUUAUAUGGGCGGAGCAAUUGCAAAUCUAGCUGUAUGAUCAAGAUUGACUUAAGGAAAGCAUAUGAUACAAUAGAAUGGGGGUUCAUUGAAGAGAUGCUCAAGGCUUUUGAUUUUCCUCAAACCUUUUCAGAUUUAAUAAUGGCGUGUGUAAAACCUCUCAUGUUUUCCUUACUUCUCAAUGGUUCGUUACAUGGUUUCUUUGCACCAAAAAGAGGUCUUAGACAAGGCGAUCCCAUUUCCCCCUUGUUGUUUGUUCUUGGAAUGGAAUACUUGUCCCGAAUUAUGAGUAAGGUGGGAUCUUUUCCUGGGUUCAAGUACCACGAUAAAUGCUCAAAUUUGAAGUUGAAUCACUUAUGUUUUGCGGACGACCUACUUAUUUUCUGUAAUGGAGAUUUUGUUUCAAUUCUGCUUAUGCUGAGGGGUUUGAAGCUAUUCUCUUCUUCUUCGGAUUUGCUCCCCAACUCUGAGAAAUCUGCAAUUUAUUGUCAUGGAAUGCCUAAUGCUGUAGUAGACCGAGUUCUGGAGGUUUCUGGUUUUUCUCGCAGCCACCUACCGUUCAGGGCUGCUGGUGGCUUGGGUUUUCGGAGGAUACAUGAUUGGAACUUGGCUGCCAUGGGAAAGUAUGUUUGGGCAAUUGCCAAGAAGAAAGAUAAUCUAUUUGUCAAGUGGAUAAAUAGUGUCUAUUUGCUGAAUCAAAAUUGGUGGGAUUACAAGUGUCCCACGGAUUGCAGUUGGUACUGGAAGCGUUUAGUUGCUGUGAAGGAUAGUUUCAAAGCGAAAAUUUCUCAUGAUUCUUUCUUGUCUCAGAUAUAUAAUAUCAAACUUGGACUAAACUUGUUGUUCCCUCAAGAAUCUAGAGUGCCAUGGAGGAAAUUUGUUUGGGAUAGAUUUAUUACUCCCAAUCAUUGA